AUGUCCUUGAUGCAGUAUGAGCCCAACUACGACAAGGUGGCACGGGCAGCAACGGGCGGCAACGGGCAGCACAGGCACGGGCAGCAACGGGCAGCACAGGCACGGGCAGCAACGGGCGGCAACGGGCAGCACAGGCACGGGCAGCAACGGGCGGCAACGGGCAGCACAGGCACGGGCAGCAACGGGCGGCAACGGGCAGCACAGGUACGGGCAGCAACAGGCGGCAACAGGCAGCACAGGCACAGGCAGCAACAGGCGGCAACGGGCAGCACAGGCACGGGCAGCAACGGGCGGCAACAGGCAGCACAGGCACAGGCAGCAACGGGCGGCAACGGGCAGCACAGGCACGGGCAGCAACGGGCGGCAACAGGCAGCACAGGCACGGGCAGCAACGGGCGGCAACGGGCAGCACAAGCACGUGCAGCAACAGGCGGCAACAGGCAGCACAGGCACAGGCAGCAACGGGCGGCAACGGGCAGCACAGGCACAGGCAGCAACGGGCGGCAACGGGCAGCACAGGCACGGGCAGCAACAGGCGGCAACGGGCAGCACAGGCACGGGCAGCAACGGGCGGCAACGGGCAGCACAGGCACGGGCAGCAACGGGCGGCAACAGGCAGCACAGGCACGGGCAGCAACGGGCGGCAACGGGCAGCACAGGCACGGGCAGCAACGGGCAGCAACGGGCAGCACAGGCACGGGCAGCAACGGGCGGCAACGGGCAGCAAGGGCACGGGCAGCAACGGGCGGCAACGGGCAGCACAGGCACGGGCAGCAACGGGCGGCAACGGGCAGCACAGGCACGGGCAGCAACGGGCAGCACAGGCACGGGCAGCAACGGGCGGCAACGGGCAGCACAGGCACGGGCAGCAACGGGCGGCAACGGGCAGCACAGGCACGGGCAGCAACGGGCGGCAACGGGCAGCACAGGCACGGGCAGCAAUGGGCGGCAACGGGCAGCACAGGCACGGGCAGCAACGGGCGGCAACGGGCAGCACAGGCACGGGCAGCAACAGGCGGGCGCGGGUGA